AUUGAGAAUACCACGCCAGAUACUCGCUCGUGCAUGUCUUAGCGAUGUAUGUGCAGGGAACCGCAGACUCUAUGUUUGAGAAAUAACGAAGGAGUUUCCCUCUUUGGACCAUUCAUUACGUCUUUCUGCUGUGAUACCUUUACAAGUGGGAGGUGUCUUGCUUGUUUAAUUGCCUCCGAUUGCACACAUAUAUGUCGACUGCAUUCUAUCUAGGCUUCGUGGCCGGCAUCUUGACAACUUCAUCGAUUCUCUCUACCACCUUCAAUCUCCCAUCAUGGCUGGCCACGGGACUUAUCCAUUGAAUGUCGAAUUGAGCCAAAGAUAUCUGGACGAGGACAAUAGCGCCCCGCUUCUGGCAACAUGCAUCACAUUCUUUACAAUUGAAAGCAUAUUCAUUGCCUUUCUCUAUGUAUCUCGUUACCUUAGCAAGGACCAGAAGGCCAAUAUGUGGAUGACUCUUCUCAUGACGGCUGGAUUCAUAUCAUGCUGUGGCAAGAUCACAUUGGGAAUCCUGGCCGUUGAAAUCGGCGGCGCAGGUCGUCAUAUGGCCUACUUACAUCGGAGCCACCCAGAGCAAAUCUCCAACCUGCUCAAGAUCCAAACUGCACUGCAAAUUGUGUGCCCGCUCACGACUUCACUCACAAAACUCGGCAUCCUCAGUCUCCUACACCAGAUUCUCGGCCGCACUUCCCAACGAACAAGCCUUAUAAUCAAGAUAACAUUCGGUCUCAGCCUUGCCAUCGCCAUCGUCCAAGUCAUAAUCCCGUUCGCGAACUGCAAGCCCUUCUCCAAGACCUGGACCUCCAUGGGGUCGGGAGAGUGCCUUGUAUCAGGCCUAGACCUAUGGCGAUAUCUCUCGAUUCCCAAUGUCGUAACAACGAUAAUCAUGAUCUGCAUUCCCUUACCUGUACUCUACAAGCUGAAGGUCAACCUCUCAACGAAGCUGGGGCUUGGUCUCGUUUUCGCCGUCUGCAUCGUCGGCGUCGUUGCUGCUAUCAUGCGUUUCCACUCCUUUCUCCAGGUGAAAAACUUCAACGACAUCUCCUACGAAAUCAUUGCUCCUCUGUGCUGGACCGUGGCCGAAUCCGGAAUCUAUCUCAUGGCAGGUGUGCUCCCUACAAUGCGACCCCUCGCACGAAAGGUCUUCCGCGACACCAGGUUUGAGAGGCUACUUAGUCGCAGUUUCGGAAGGACAACUGGUAGCUGGGGGAACAGGAGAGCGAGCCGGUUCGUCGGAAAGCCGUUGCCUGGUUCGCAACCGGUGGGUACUGAUGAUUUGACCACGACGAGCGAGUUGGAAUGUGGGAAGUUUUCAGAUGGGAGGUUCAGCGAUGAUGGAAGUGAGCAUGGGUAUGAGAAUAGGGUGAGGCCUAUGGGGAAGAUCUGAUUGCUAGCUCGUGAGUGAUGCAACAGUAUGUUGGAGGGUGACUUUUGGAUAUGGAUAUUCUGCCCGCCC